GCUGGUUUGUUUUCGUUGAAUUUGACAGUUUCGUUUUGGCGCGUUCCACUCAUAGCAAGGGCUCAAAGCUCUAGUGCGCCGAGCCCCGGGGUGACACGCACCUGACUGGAAAGCAGCUUAUGCCUCAAGCUUAGAAAAUAGAUUAAGGAAUGGAAAGUGAGCAUUUGUGCUCGAUCCCGAAUACAAGAGAGAUGGAAGUUUAGUGUCACCAAUCACAAUCGAGCUAGCCGAUUGUGUGUGCGAGCCAUAGGCGUCCUGAUUUGAUUGUUGGAUGCUUUAUCAGGACUCCUUUUUUCAUUACUUCAUAAUGGCUAACUCAUUAAACUGAGAAAAAACAUUGACCCUUUUGAAACACGAAAGAAUUUAUGAUUAAAUCACAUUGUAAACUAUUUUUGAGCAUGAAUUGAUAAUUUCGAAAUUAAUCAAAUCAUGUUACGCUACUGCUAUAGUGUCCCGUCAGACAAAGAGAGACGAAUGUUGGCAUCAAAACAAAUCAGUUACGAGGUGAUUUCCAUUUCUCUUAUGUUCUAAGGCCUCAAGGAACAUGAAUUUAUUGAAAUAUGUUACAUGUACAGAACAAGUUAAAUAAAAGUAAGGACGGUUAGACUUGAAAUCUGAAGUAAUUUUAUUGUCGAAAACAUUACAAUUAUGUUUUUUCGGCCACUGUGGUACACAACAAUAAUCAUUUCUUGCCGGCAUAUUACAAUCUUCAAGAAAAUAAAAAUGUUCUGAGUAAUUUGAGCACGAAUGAACAACUCGAUCAAAUUUUUCUUCUGCCUAGCAACGAAUCACUAAAAAAUAAUGUAAUUAAAUUGCCACACAUGCUUUCAGAGGGUUACUAGCUGUUUUUAUUCAGCUGGAAUGCCACCAACUUCAAACUUGCAAGUUGCAUGCCUGAAGUUCUCGAUACUAGGUAUGUACUUACUUAAAAAACAUACAAAUUUAGUAAACACUGCAAUACGAGGCACAUUUCUAUGUUCGAUAGAAUGUUACUUUAAUAGGAGCAGUAGUCCAAAAAAUCGAUAAGUAGACUACUCCGUCCGAGGCAGAAGAAGGUAGAUUCGAUUCAUAUACCUACCAUAAUGUGAUUUCGGGGAAUACCCCGAAUAUUGCUUAUUCCAGUCGAGGGCUGCUUCGCUCUUGGGUAUUCUUCAAACACUAUAGAAAACAAACCAAGGCAAGUUAUUUAAGAUAGAAAUAAUGUGCACAAGUGUUAGUGAUACCCCAGAGAAAAUUUUGUAUCUGCUUUGUACUCAAUUCGACCCAGAAUAUUAUCCGAAUCCCGAUCAAAUAAGAAUGUUAACAGAAAGGGAAUGGAAUCUACCUGAUGAGAAGCCACGAUGGUUAGGCUUUUCCUCCGAGGGAAAACCAUAUGAACUAAAAGAGGAUGGAGUUGUCUUCGAAUCAAUUAAAAAUGAAGUGUACUGCGAAAAAGCAGAAGUAGUUUUCAAUCCCUACAUGGAAAGAGCGUUUGAUCUUAAAACUUCUCAAUCGCAAUAUAGAAUAAUUGAGGUUUACCACGGAACAAAAGUCGAAAACAUCGACUCAAUAAUGAAAAAUAACUUCAACUGGAGAUUAGCUGGAAAAAGUAGAGGUUUCAAACAUGGAAAAGGCGUUUGUUUUUCAAGAUCACACACUUUCGCUCAGAUGUUCUGUCCUGGUUCUGAUCGAAUAUUGAUCAAAACCAAGAUUCCCAUUCGAGUUUCAUGUAUAGGAAAUGUUGGUGAUAUUUUACCAUCUCGAGGUUAUGAUACUGCAGAAUCGCCUAAUGGUAAUGUAUUAGUGAAAUUUGAAGAUUCGGAAUUUUUGCCUUUAUAUGUUAUAUAUAAGUAAGUAAUUCUAUCUUAUCAACUAUUAAUGUCUUGUGUUUGUGUUGACUAUUCUGGAAAAAUCUGAUUUUCAAUAAUAUUUUUAUAAUCUUCGAUAAUUUCUUAUUUCAAUAUUUUCUUUUUGACUUAAUAUGGAUUGUCUACUGUGCUAUUUUUUUUUUUUUUUAAUUAAAUUUUGGCUGCAUCAACUGCUUUGGUUAUAAGCAGCUGUAAAAUGAUAUUAUUAUAUUAGUUUAAUGUUUUUAUUAUUUUUUAUUUUAAUGAACAAAAUUCAAUAUGUAUAGGUAUACCUAUAUCUAUUAUUGAAAUUUUAAGAAUCACAAUAUUUUCCAUUUUGUUCACUAUGUUUACAUAUUAAUUUUUUUUUUACUAAUGUACAAAAUAAUCUAUUGGUGAAUUAUAUUUUUAUUUAUAAUCUCCAAAAAUUUCAUACUUCAACUGUCAUUUUUGUCUUUACUUUGUGAGACCAAACUCUGAAAUAAUAUAAAAUUGUU